AUGAAGGUCUCGAACUCAUGUUCAGGAAUCUCGUUCAAAACUCAAGCGCUAUACUUUCUCGUCUACGUGACGAGGUAUCUUGACCUCUUCUGGACCUUCACCGACAGUGCAUGGAACACCAUCUUCAAGCUAAUCUUCCUCUCAUCCUCCCUCUAUACCCUCUACGUAAUGUUAAACGACUACAAACCGACCCACGAUCCGAAUCUGGACACGUUCCGCGUCUCGUACCUCACCGGAGGCUCGGCCGUUCUCGCUUUGCUGUUCCCCUACCGCUACACCAUCCCCGAAGUGCUGUGGGCAUUCUCUAUCUGGCUCGAAAGCGUCGCUAUCCUGCCCCAGCUGUUCAUGCUUCAAAGGACGGGCGAGGCCGAGACAAUUACCACACACUAUCUAUUUGCGCUGGGGAUAUACCGUGCUCUGUACAUUCCGAACUGGAUCUAUCGGUGGUUCGCAGAGGGGCAUUUUGAUCCGAUUGCUGUGGUCGCCGGUGUGAUUCAGACUAUCCUGUAUUCCGACUUUUUCUGGGUUUACUAUACCAAGUGA